AUGUCGGCCAUUGAUGCUGCGCAGGUCGGCCGUACUAGCUGGACCUCGCGCAAGUUUGACGUCGAGCUUGUCGGGUCGGCGAACGUCAACACUGAAUUGUGUGACGUGUGCCUCGGUAAGGCCGCAUGCACAAGCGUUGUCGUCGAGGUGCCUGACGGGAGAGCCCAAGCCACAGGCCCAAGCUGGAUCUAA